ACGAUCCAAUUUUCAGAGUUUAUAAGAAUUCGUAAACAACUAGACCGACAACGACAAGCAAGCAUUAGCAUUACAUUAGCCUUAGCGACAACGCGCUACUCGACCCGAUUCAUUUCUUUUACGUAAGGUACCCACCAGAACGUCUUCGAUCUGAACAAAGCCAUUUUAUUUCUGUCUAACAUCUAACAACAGGAUUACAAUAUCCAACUGCAGAAUUAUCACAUAUAUAAGAUUGAGUUGUUUGCUAAGAGUUUUUUAUGCAUUUUCCUCUUCGUCUCUUUCUGGAAAACAAGGACGCUUACUAGAAUUUUUUACUCUGAAUUAAGCAAAGAAUAUCUACAUUGCUCGAGAAUCUAUAACUCCUGAUUAUCACAAAACAAGACCUAUCUUAAUCUAAAAACCCCACUAACAAUAACUCAGUAAGUAUCUUCAACUAGUAAUAGUAUCUGUCUCUCCAUCAACACAAACACAAUCGAGAUGUAUGGACAAAACAAGAUGUACGGUGGAAACAGCAACUAUGGCUGCAUGGAAGCGGACAACUGGCGCAACACCGGUACCACCGCUUCUCCUGCCGAAAGUUCCUUUGAUUCUUCCGCUGAGCCCACUCCUCGUCGCUUCGGAGGACGUGGUGGUGAGAUGAACUAUCCUUCGCGUGGCAUAGGCAUGAACCAGGACAACUCAUCUUCUAUGCGUUCUCGUUCUCCUCGUGGAUUCUCCGCUGGAGGUUUUACUGCCGGAUCCCCCGGCGGCUUCGCUGCUUCCGGAGGUCUCGCCGCUUUCCACAAGAAGGACCACAAUGCUGGCGACGACAAUGCCCAGCAAGGACCAAUUGCUCGUUCCGCUAUCCACGGUAAGCAAACUGAUGAUGACACUCCUCUGCCGGUCGGCGAGUGGUUGCGUCAGAAUGAAGUUGAACUGCGUGGCGGAGACGGAAAGGUCGACGUGUGUCAGAGCUGGGAUGAAACGCCUUUUCCUCCUCAGAUGAUCGACAAGUUGCGUAACUUCCCGAAACCGAGUGUGAUUCAAUCUUGCGCUUGGCCCAUCGCCACUUCUGGGAAGAACUUGAUUGGUAUCGCAGAAACCGGUUCCGGUAAGACUUUGGCGUUCUUGUUGCCAGCUGCUUUGCACUGCAAGGAACAGCAGAAGAACGGAGGAAACCAGGGUGGCUAUGGAGGCUACAACAACGGAUAUAGCGGAUAUGGCCGUUAUGGAGGAGGCAGCGGUCAGCCGACCGCGUUGGUUUUGGCGCCGACAAGAGAGUUGGUAAGAGAUUUGGAUUCUUCUCACCAUAUACGUACACAUUGAUUCAUCAAUGAGCUAGAAUUUUGCUACUGGGGAGGAGUAUCUUCUUCCAGUUUUUAACCACAUUGUUAUCAACUUAAAAUGAAAUUCGUCCGUGAUCAUGUUUAUCUGCAUUAACCUAGCGACGCACUGUCAUCUUUGAAUCAAUUUCUUUAGGUCCAGCAAAUCGAGCUCGAGUGCCAAAAGUUCACUGAUCUUCGCUGCUGCUCUCUGGUUGGUGGUCUGCCUAAAGGCCCUCAGAUCGGCGCUCUCCGUCGUGGCGUCGACCUUGUCGUCGCUACCCCAGGACGCCUCUGCGAUUUGAUCGACAUGCGUGUCUUGUCUCUCGACAACAUCACCUACUUCAUUCUGGAUGAAGCCGAUCGCAUGUUGGAUAUGGGCUUCGAAAAGGAUCUGCGCAAAAUUGACUCCUACAUCAACCCGCAGACUAAGCAAACUCUGUUGUUCUCUGCCACUUGGCCUCGGGAAGUCCAACGUUUGGCGGCUGACGUGAUCGGCCGCAACGGCGCAACUGAAAUCCGUAUUGGCGGAGCCGGAGACAACAACUUGCGCGCCAACCCGAAUAUCAAGCAACAUGUCAGAAUUGUCAACAACUUCUCGGAUAAGUCUCGUGCUCUAGGCGAAAUCCUCAAUGAUUUGCACGACAAACAUUCUCAUGAGAACAACGGCAACUUGCCAUUGACUUUGAUCUUCUCCAAAACGAAAAAAGGCUGUGAUCAACUCGCCCACGAAAUCUACCAGAACUGGCGUGUCAAUGCUGAGGCAUUGCAUGGUGACAAAUCUCAGCCAGAGCGCGACUGGGUCUUAGAGCAGUUCCGAAAUGGAAGACAGCCAGUCAUGGUUGCAACGGACGUUGCGGCGAGAGGAUUGGACGUGAAGAACGUCAAGUGCGUCAUCAACUACGAUCUGCCAAUGAAUAUUGAAGAUUACGUGCAUCGUAUCGGACGUACUGGACGUGGUGGCGCCAUGAACGGUCAGGCGCACACCUUCUUCUGCGAAAGGGACAUCCAGUAAUUUUUGAUUGUCCAUUUUGAUUUUUUGGAUUGGUAUUAUUUGUAGUUUCGCAUUCUUAGGCGUGGCAAAAAGAUAUUUGUGUUGACGAGGAUAGCAGCCGAUCGUAUGGAUUCUCCUAGUGCUUCCUUGUCACCUAUCAUCCUGAUUCCACACUCCAAUCCCCUCUUCCUUCACUACUAUCUAAACAAAACAGGGCCAACGUCGGCAAAUACGCCAAGGAGCUCUGCCAAAUCUUGACUGAGGCAAAGCAAGAGAUCCCGGAAGAGUUGUCUCGUUUGAGCUACAGUGGCGGAUCCUCUCGUGGGUUCGGAGGCGGCAAGGGCUACGGCAAAGGAGGUAAGGUUAAGGCUCAAUUUAAGUCAUUUCCACGAUUCAUUUCUCACUGUUUUCUUUUCUAGAGAACUGAGAAAAUGAUAAAGAUAAUGAAGCUAAGAAAUAUAUAAUUGUUUUGAGCUCUAAUAAGGGUUUCGGAAAAGGAGGAUUUGGAGGAGGUAAAGGAGGUGGCCGUGGAUUCGGCGACCGAGGAAACAGCUUUGGGGGUGGCCGAUGGUAA